AUGUUGCCUGCAGCACAACGAGCCGGCGCUGCAGUCGGCCUGAAUGUCCUGCCUGCACUGGCACGCGCUCUCACCGUGGUGGCAUGGGGCCGCAACGCUGAGUAUGCCUGCGGCGUCGAGCAGGUGCCGCUGGUCACGCGCCCCACGACGCUGCUGGACCUCCAUGGACGCAGCGACAUCGUGGCCGUGCGCGCCGGCAAGCUCAACAGCGCCGCAGUAACAGCAGCGGGCGAGGCGCUCACGUGGGGGGACGGCAAGAGCGCCAAGCUGGGCCACGGCAACGACGAGCACGUGCCGGCGCCAGCCCGGGUUGAGUCCCUGGUCGGCCGCGCUGAAGUGUCAAACCUCGCGCUGGGCGACCAGCACUCUCUCUUCCUCGACCGCGCGGGCGGGCUGUGGGCGGUCGGCUGCUCGCUGGAGGGCCAGUGCGGGCUGGGCACGCCCAUAGAGGAGCUGGCCCGGCAGCACAGACGCGCACUGUAUGGCUCCAUGCAGGUCGAGGCGCUGCUGCGCAACCGGCCCUCCGCGUCUGGGGCUGCCUCGGGGCGGCACGAGGCGUACCUCAGAGCUUUUGCGGAGGCGCACCGCACGAUCGCGGAGCAGCGGCAGCGGCAGCAGCAGCGGCAGCAGCACGCGCGCCAAGCGCUGGCCGCCUCGUUCCUGCGCCCGGCGGCGGCGCGCGGCUUGGGGGCCGCUCAGUAUGCCGGCGCGAUCGGCGGCGGCGGCGGCGGCGGCAGCCAUGGCGCGGCGGCGCCGCAGCUGGGCAUCUCAUCCUCUGGCAUCUGGGGGGUGGACAUCGAGCGCCACCUCAGCGCGACCGGCCUGCAGCCGGGCGUCGUGCACGUGCCCACGCGCGUGAUGGAGGCGCGGCAGUUGGACGCGACGUGGGGCCUGGGGGACGGAAACGGCGGCGGCAGCGGUGGUGGCAGCAGUGCCACGAUGUCCGACCCCUUGGGUUCUGCUAGCAGCCGCGACAGCAGCAGCAGCAGCAGCAGCAGCAGCAGCAGCCGCAGCAGCAGCGGAGGCGGCGACAGCAGCAGCGACAGCAGCAGCGGCGGCGGCCUGGAGCACGAGAGGGUCGUGGGCGUCGACUGCAGCCGCUACUUCAGCAUCGCCGUCACGCACAAGGGGGAGCGAGGGCGGCGCCGUGGCGGUUGCUGCGGGCGGGACGGGCGCGGCCUGCCUUACUGCGAGGUGCGGGCUGCGCCAUGA